UAAAGCUUUACUGUUCUCUAUAAGCAGUUAUUUUCAGCCUGUAAAGAAUUGCAGAGUUAGAGGCAAUCUGUGCUUCGAACAUUAACAAAUCAAUGGCCCUGCCACUGAUUUGGUAAUCUUGGUUAACCCAGAACUAAAAUCUCACAUCAUUUGGUCAGAUGCUCGAUUUAGGUAAUGUUUCCACAAGAUAUUACGGAGUUGUUAAACAGUUGAGGGAUGGGGCUGGAGAAAUGUGACCACUCAUGGACAGAGCUGUGCAUACAGGGACUGACCAUCCAUGAUAUCAUGAUAUACAUUGUUUUACAUUUACUUUGUUUACAAAUGUGUAAAAGAAGCUUAUAUUUUGGAUUCUGAUGGGGUAAGACAGUUAAACUACGCUCAUGAGGCAUCUAGAAGUUACCAGUAGCCUAUAUUCUUCAAGAAUCAAUGGGUAUAUAUUAAAUUAAAAGUCUAAAAAUGGAUGAUGGCAAGAUUCAAAGGCAGAUUCCCUUGAAUGCCUCUUUAUAUUAGAAACACCUUGAGAGGAAGGUGUGAAAUAUAAGGCAUAUAUUUCAAACUCUUAAACAAUGAUCUAAAAAAUCUAGUCAUUCGCGUUAUCCGUAAUAUUGUGUAUUGCUUAUCAUUACAAAAUGUGAAUUGGAUUUAUGGAAUGCAUGAUCGCAGAGAAUGGACAAAGAGCUCAUAAUGACUACACUUCCCAGCAUACGUGGCGCAUGGUACGUUUGUGAUGUCACAAUGAGUAUACGGUUACACUGUAGCAUUCCUUACUCUAUUGUUACUUUGUAACAAACCGGGGCAGAGGCUAGGAAAAGGAGGACGUCAAUCUGCCUACAAUUCCGUAACAUUUUGAUAUUACUGUACCAAACAAGGCGAAGAACAUAACGGUCAUUAUACUUGAAGAAAAACGACAUUGAGCCGAUUGAAACCACCAUUGCAAAGAAAGGAUAAACGAAACAGACGUCAGCGGAUUGCUCUUCCAAUACAAGCAUUUAAACGCUCAAACCAGGAAGAUAAGUCAUCCAGCAGUUAUCUCAAAUUUUAACAUCUUAGCCGAAACGGAUAAUGUCAGUAGCCUAAUAAAUUUCAACUAAAUUGUUUGACGUCCUUCUUUCCCACCGCCUGCCCCGGCUUUAGGAUUGCUACGUCAAAGUUAAAUGGAACAUGCACUCCUGGAAGCGACCAUAAAAUACAUUUCCUUCAUGUAGUCCAAGCAGAUCUGCUUGAAGUCGGUGUAACAGUUAGUUCCUUACACUAUUUCUGCAUUAGUAGGCUGACUAUUACAGAAAUAGGUAUUCAUACUGAACAAAUGAACAAUCAGUUUUACUGUAAAAAAAAAAAAAAUCGGCAAAAAUCUAAAUAGGGCGUUACAAGAUCCAUGAACAAUCCUCGGUGAAUAAAAGGAACGUUCAGCGAUUUGAUCGUGAGAAGAGGGUCCUUUUUCUGCCGAAGACACCAAGUUUCCAUGGAGGCAGUUUCGUCUCUCAGCCUCAAGCGAAGAUUUGAGGAGGUGGACAGUGGCUCUCCAUACUCUACACCAAAGGACUCGGACGAUGAAAUCUCCAGCAGUGACAGUGCUGACAGCUGUGAUAGCCUCAACCCCCCCUCCAGCACUGCACUAACACCGACCUCCAUCCUAAGACGGCACAAGCCCUCUCCAGGCCGGAAGCAGGUGCGGUUCGAUGUGGUGACGGUGUACUACUUCCCCAGGCGGCAGGGCUUUACCAGCGUGCCCAGCCAGGGGGGCAGCUCCCUAGGCAUGGCACGCCACCACUGCUCCAUCCGUCGAUACACACUGGGAGAGUUCGUCCUCGAGCAGGAGACCAGUCACCGCCACGCCCUGCGCCAACACCUCCGCCAGGAGAAGCUCAACGCUCGCAAAAUAAAGCUGACGCGUAACGGUACGGUGGAGUGUGCCCAGGCCGACCUGCUGACCCUGGAGGACGUGUCAGACGACGACCUGGACAUAGAGGGGGUGGAGGUGGACGACUGCUUCUUCCUGCAGCCGCUGCCCACCAAACGGCGUCGGGCACUGCUCAGGGCCUCUGGCAUCGCCCGUAUAGAUGCCCGGGAGAAGGCUGAGUUACGGACCAUCAGGCUUUCCAGGGAGGAGUGUGGCUGCGACUGCCGCUUCUACUGUGACCCCCGCCACUGUGGCUGCAGCCAGGCUGGCAUCAAGUGCCAGGUGGACAGGAUGUCUUUUCCCUGUGGCUGCUCUCGGGAUGGCUGUGGGAACUCGGCAGGCCGCAUCGAGUUCAAUCCUCUCCGCGUGCGAACACACUACAUGCAUACCAUCAUGAAGCUGGACCUGGAGAAGAGGAGGCUGAUGGGGCAGAAGGCGGGGGUCGGGGGGGAACAGUAUGCAGAGUCUGACCUGCUCUCCUCCCCCUCCUCCACCAGGCCUCCCUCCCCAGACCUUCACCUGUCCACAGGGGCCCAUGGCCUGGACUCUGAGUUAGAGACAGAGGAGAGAGAGGUCCAGAUGGUCUUAGAGGCCCAGGACCUCCUGACUGACCAGGCCUGCCUGGAGCGGGAGAACGAGACCGCUGUGCUCCACCUGCAAAGUGCAGAGGAGCAGGAGAGGAUGAGGGAGGAAGAGGAGGAGGAGGAGGCAAAGCGGGGCAGGGGGGGAGGAGGGGGCCUGGGGGAGCAGGCUUUGUGCCUCCUGCCUGGGGCCCUGCAGGGGGAGAUGUGUGGGGACACAGGGGUGGGGGUUGGGGUGGAGGGGGUCCCGAUCUCCCUCCUCCAGGGCCCGUUCCCCACUGGGGCUACCCUUCUCUGCAUCACAGAGAACCAGGAGGGAGAUGGGGAGGGGGAAGGGGACAACCCCUGUGGUGGCCUCAAAGACCCGGCCUCCUCCCUGCUCUACUACCAGAUAGGUCCCAUGGAGAACGAGACAUUUCACAAGUCUCUGCCUGGGCAGGAGGAGGCGUGUGUAGAGAGAGAACCAGGGGGAGGAGAGCAGCGAGGGAGGGAUGAGGAUAGAGGUAAUACCUGCGGGCAGGAUGAGGCCGAGUUUUCGCCACCGGUGGCUCUGUGCUCAGAGAAUGGCAUGGGGGCUAAGGAGUUACCAUGCAGCCCCCAGCAAAGCUCCUUAGAAGGGCAGUGUCAGGAGGAGGCUUGUCUGGCCACAGAAGGAGAGUUGUACCCACCACUGCCCCCUGAGGUUUAG